CGUCUUCCUCUACAAGUCCCGAGAAAGAAAGAAAGAAAAAAACACCGAAACAGUUAAGACAAAUCUCAUUCUUCUUUUGUCUCUUCUUCAAAAAUUCCCUUUUUUUUUGUCGAGUUUCUUAAAACGAAUCAUGCAUAGAUCCAGAAACCCGUCAUUCUCCUCAACUCUCCUCGACGAAAUCUACAAUUCCAUCGACCCUAAAACCCACAAAACGCAACCUUUUACCGGUCCUGCUAUCAACACUACCAAGAAACAGAGCAUCAGCGUAACCAGACCGGUUCCUGACCGGAAAAUCCACCGAGAUCGGUUCUUCGGCUCCGUGUCUUCCUCCUCUGAUUCCAGCUCCAGUAUCUUCUCAUCUUCCGACACAGAACCGUCUCACUCUAAGAAGACAUCUUCUUCUUCAAGACCGUUAUGUUUCGGCCCAUCUAAGACAACAAAACCAAGAAAAACAGAGGAUAAAACUCUGUUUCACCAAAACAGAGCAUUCCGUGUGUCACACGACUACGAUUAUGAGAUAAGUGAAACUACUAAAACAAGAAGAUCUGCGAAGAGCUCGAGUAGUAAUCAAAAGAAGCCUAAAACUCCAGCUUCGCCUGGUGUACGAAUCGUUAACUUCAUAAACUCGUUAUUUAGCAGCAACAACAGUUCCAAAGGUUAUCCGAAGAAGACGAGCUGCGACGACUCAGCAUUCGUGAGGAAACCAAAUGAUUAUUACUAUCCAUCUACGACGUGUUCUUCAGCUUCUUCCUUCUCUAGGUCUUGUCUGAACAGAAGCUCAGAGAAAUCAUCUGACCGUAUCAAAAGAAGCGUUAGGUUUUCUCCGGUGAAUGUGAUCGUCCCCGAGAGCAGAUCCUUUGUCGAAGAAGAAGAGAGUUACAUAAGAAAGUCGGUGAUGAAGAGUGUGGAAGAUGGAGGGAGGAGGUCAGUGGAGGAGAUUGCGAGAGAGUUUUUGAGAGAUUAUCACAAGAAUCAUGAUAACAGUUUGGUCAAGAUUAAUGAUUUUGAGGAUUAUGAAGAUGAAGAAGAUGAUGAUGAUGAUGUGGCAAGUGAUACGAGUUCAGAUUUGUUUGAGCUGGAUUUAGUUGGAACUCAUCAUCAUAGUCUGUACGGAGAUGAACUUCCUGUGUAUGAAACCACUUUUGCUGGUUUGAUCUUGUGAAACUUUUUUGUAUUUUAAGUUUUCUUUAGGUUUUUGUUUCUUAAGUUUUAGUUCCAUGUGAUUUUCAACAUCUUUGUUUGAAUUUGUAAUUAUAAUGUCG